GUACCAGCAAUUAUGAACCAGCAGAUGACUUUCUGGUGUUUCUGAAGGCCAGCUAUAGUCUCCAUUCUUCAGUAUAGCUUCAGGCCACAUGGAAAUAAGGCUCUUCUGUUGCUUUAAUAACACCCUUCAUUCACAAUGGCAGAAGCUGACAGCUAAAACCUUCCCUGCCAGCUCAGCUUUUGCAGCAGAGAUGUGGGCAACAGCUUCCUGAAGAUUGUUAACAGUCAGCAGCCAAAAGUUUCUAGAGCAACAUAGGUUUGGUCAGCUACCUGUAAAAGAUGUUACUUGUUAUUCUGAAGUGUGAAAGAAAGGAGGAAAGAGAGCAAGAAGAAAUUCGAAGGCACACCAUUGAAUGCCUAGAAGAAGAGACUAUAAAAAACAGCAAUCUUCGCUUCAGAUUGCAGAAUUUUCCAAGAGAGAUUACUGCAGAGAUGACAGCUCUUGUUACUGCAGCACGUGAAUCUAGUGCUGCUCAGAUAAAUCAGCUGCAGUCUGCAUUGAAGAGCAUUGCUUAUGAAAUUGAAUUACUGGAUGAGAAGCAAACCCUUUGUGAAAGACAGAAUGCUGCACUGUGUGAGGAACAAGAAUACUUGCAGACACAGCAUAAAAGAAGAGUAGACUUGCUGAAUGAAAGGAUGGCAACAAAAAUUAACACAAAUGUUCAAUUAAUUGAGACUUAUAAUAAAACAAGGGAGACAGAAAGAGAAAUAAUCAGGGCAAAGGCAGCGUUAGCAGAAUUAAAAGAAAAAAUAGCUGAAAAAAUAAGUAAACUUGAGAAAGAGAAUGAAGAAUGUGAUGGAAAGAACAGAGAAAUGAAAAACAUGCUUGAUAUUCAGGAGGCAAAAACUUCGGCAAAAAAGGAUGAAUUUGAAAACUUGAAUAUAAAAUUAAUGGACCUACAACAUUUGAUAAGUCUGAAUUCAACAGCUAUAUGUAAUGAGAGAAUUCUCAUAGCAAAACUGAAAAAUGAGAGUGAGCGUUUGGAAGAAAAAAUGAAAUUUAAAAAGAGAGACAUGCUGGGGGACUUGGAAAAGAAAAAUCAGCUUGAUUCUGAAUUACUGCUUUUACAAUCAAAAAUUGCACAAGAAAAAGAAGAUUUUGAUAAGGAACUUGAGAAGGCUAAGGGGUAUCUACAGAAUGCUGAAUGCCUGAAUAAAAAACUUAAAUCAGAAAAUAAAGCUGCACGCCAAAAGUUUGAACAAGCGCUGAAAGAAGAAAAACACUGGGCUAGAAGAAGGGACGAGAUGAAGGCAAAAUUGAAGAGAUUAUCUACUUUGUUGGAUGAAAAGCUUGAAUUUCUGGCAAAUCUUGUGAGGGAAAGGAAGAACCUAGAGAUGGAAAUUGAAAAUCUUGAAGACAGCCUGCUAAUAUCAAAGGAGAUGUAUGCAAAGGAACUGGCAUCUCUAGAGCAAGAUUUGAAGACAGAAAAUAAGAUGAGAUUAAUGCUUCAGUGGAAGCUACUGUACUUAAAAAAGCAGAGAAAACUCUUUUUCUCAGAGGAGGAGAAUAUAAGCAGAAAAGCGAGGGAAAGGAUAGAGGCUGUUAAAAAAAGGCAUGCUGAACUACUUCUAAAGACUGAAGACCUUGAGAAAGAACUUCUUCAGUCUGAAAACCGAAUCAAAGCACUGAGUGAGGAAGCAAUUAAGAGGGAAAAUGAUUUCAGGAAUUAUCAUGAAGAUUUCACUAACAAAAUAAAAUGUCUGGAGAAUGACAUCAAAACUGCAACUGAAAAUCUGCUUAAAAAAGAACAAGAAUUAAGUGUAAGCAGGCUAACCUUGGAAGAAACCCAGAAAGAAAAAGAAGAGAAGUAUACAAAAUAUGAAGAACUGAGGAAAUCAUUUUUAGAAAAGAAAGAUGAAGAGUUAGGACUCAAAAGAGCCAUUCAGCAGUCGAUCAAGACUACUAGGAAGCUCAAGGAGGACAUGCUGGAGCUAAGGAAUAAGCUGAGGAUCAAGCGUGAUGCUGCAGUUAGUCAGCUGAAGAAUCAAACAGAGAGUAUGAAGCUGCUGGAAAGAGACAUCUAUGAGAUCAAUAGAAAACUUGACAUUGUGAACACCGAGAACUGCAGAUUCAAAUUAUGCAAUGUGCAGAUGAAAGAAGAUAUUUUUGCAAUGAAGUCUGAAGCAGAAAACCACAAGUCAGCAGCAGCCAAAAUUCUGAAUGACCUAGCAGUGCUUCACGAUCUUCUUCUGAAGGCAUGGUCAGAGGACAGCUUUAUUCAAAAGGAAUUUCUGGAGAACGAGCAGGAAAUUCUGAAUGCAGUGACAGCCCUAGCAACAAAAAUUCAACGUCGAGAGGAAAAGAUUGGUGAUAUUAAUAGCAGGCUACAAAAUAACCUGGAAGGACUGGAUUCUUUGUUUGAAAAAAAAUCUAGAAUGGAUGAUCACUGUUUUGCUGAAGGCUAAACCCCUGAGGCAAGAAGGAAGGUCAGUGCCAUGCAUGGUUCACAGGCUUUCUAUAAACUCUGCUUUUAAUAAGUCUCUGAUUCUUUAGCCUUUAAAAUACUCCUUAGUACAGCUAAUGUUACCUCAGCAUCAUCAUUACUAUUCUUUUUAAAAAUAUA